AUGGCAAACAGGAGGCGUAGAAACAUUGCCGGAGCUGACGAGAUUGCUAACGCAAUCCACAGGAUGGUGGAUGCGAUGCAGCCCGUGGCAGCGCCCCCGCGGGCUAUGAUCCCACCUGUCAGACCAGUGACCAUGGAGGACUUCAUGCGUCACAAACCGGCUAAAUUCACUGGGAAAGCCACCCCGGAUGAGGCGGAUGCGUGGCUCCGAGAGUGCGAGAAGAUAUUCAGGGUGAUAGAGUGCACAGAGGCACAGAAGUUGAAUUUUGCCACCUUCCUACUAGUGACUGAAGCUGAAUAUUGGUGGAUGAAUAUGCAGCAGCAGAUGAUAAAUAGAGCUGAAGACGUAACUUGGGCCAACUUCAGGACGAGGUUCCUGGAGAAAUAUUUUCCUGACAGUGCUAAACAUGAGCGCGAGGCAGAGUUUCUCACCCUGCAGCAGGGAAACUUGUCCGUGCAGGACUAUGUGGAGAGGUUUGAGUACCUCUCAAGAUUCUACUCCCAGACGGUGACGGAGGAGUGGCGCUGUAGAAAGUUUGAGGGCGGCCUCAAGCAUGAACUGAGGCGUUUCAUAGUGCCACUGAGGGUGCGAGAAUUCCCUAUCUUGGUGGAGCAGGCCAAGAGUGUGGAGCAGCUGGAGAAGGGGCCCAGUCUGGUUAACCGUACACAGAGAAAUAGUGCUGAGGGCAGAUUCCAGAAGAAGCCCUACAGUAGACCCGCCGCGUCUUCAUGGAAACCCAGGUGCUAUAACUGCGGGGGUGAACAUCUUCAGCGAAAUUGUACUAGACCCGCCCGCAGCGGAGGCAGUGGCAUGAGCACUCGUAAGUGCUAUGCCUGUGAUCAGCCAUGA